AUGAACAAUGGUACAAGUGACGAUGCUUUAAGCGCAGCCAUGCCUGAGAUUGAUGAGGCUUUUGAGACGGAAGCGGAUAGCUUUUUCGCUGAUGAAGAUCAGCCCUUGCGACCUCCAGAUGUGUUUGCCUCCAUCCAUCGCGUGCGCGCCCUCAUUAUUGCUAGUAUUGAGGAUCCAUAUACCCUUGACCAGUUGACAAGCCCGCGGGUCAACACGCUGGUGGUUCGCCCAUUGGUAGACAGGCUAUAUGAUCCUGAUGACAUGUCCAUAGUGUACUGCCUCCUGGCCAACCGUCUCCAGUUCCUCAAAGAGCAAACCGCCGCCAAACACCAAAGCGUCGGCCGCGCUCGAGCAACUCUCUGCGAAAUCGUCGCCACCAAAGUCCUUCGCAAGUUCCAUGAGGACAAUUCCCCCGAAAAGGCGGGAAGCGCCGGCCUGCUCCGGCUGGCCAACGUCCUGGUGCAAGGCUUCGAUCCCUUCUCCGGCGCCCCCGAAGAUGUCGCCCGGGCCGGCAGAUAUACGCAUUGGCCAGUGCAGGAGCGCGGCGGCAACGAGAGGAAGCUCACGGCGCUGGAGCUGGCCAUUUUGUCGGAGAGCAAAACCAUGAUGAGUUCUCCGGCAUGUCUGCGAGUGGUGAAUGCAGUCUACGAGGGACAAGUCGUGUACACGCCGAUAUCAUUUGUAGAUAUCCUCCCGGACCAUUACAAACAUCACCCAGUGUCGUUGUAUGAUCCGCGCAAAGCGCCGCUGCUGGACCACUACCGAUUGAUCGUGCCAAAGUGGAGGAGCUUGUUCGAGUCAAUACAGUUCAUGGUGUUGCUGGGAUUGUAUAUAUUGACCAUGGUGAAUCGAGGCAGCCCAAGCUCUCUGAGACUCUAUGAGAGUUUAUUUGCCGUUUAUUCGCUGGGAUGGAUUCUCGACGAGUUUGCAGCCAUCAUCGAGCAUGGAUGGGCGGUCCACACUCAAAAGACGUGGUCAUUUCUGGACGUGACAUUCACAGUCAUCUUCUGCGCCUAUCUCUUUGCACGGGUAUAUGAUGUUUUCAUACCCGUUGCUCAAGACACAGGUGGCACAAACUCUGCGGCGCUACAUAUCCUGUGCGUUGCAGCUCCAGUACUGCUCACGCGGGUUGCCUUCAGCCUCAUGCCAGACAACAUCGUCUUCAUCUCGAUGCACGCCAUGAUGAAGGACUUUCUCGUGCUGACCUUUCUCACCCUGUGGUGCGUGGGGGGCUUCUUCCUGGCACUGCAGUGGCUCCUGAUGACAGGCCAGGGUUCGGAACCCAAGUGGUAUACGGUCGCCAAAUGGCUUCUAUGGAUUUGGUUUGGACUCGACGGCACGGGUAUCCAAGAGUCUGUGCAGUUCCAUGUCGUCCUUGGCCCUGCCCUCAUCGUGGCGUUUGCAUUCUUGGGCAACACGCUGUUCUUGACGAUUCUGGUUGCCGUCCUAACCAACACCUUUUCACGCAUUGUGGCCGCCGAAGCCGCCGAGAUUCAGUUUCGUCGAGCAGUCCUCACCUUUGAAUGCGUGAGGAGUGAUGCCAUAUUUGCUUAUCCGCCUCCGUCAAAUAUGUUGGCCCUCGUCUUCAUGCUGCCCCUCAAGUUUCUCGUCUCGGCACGCACAUUUCACACCGUCCACGUCGCCAUAGUCCGGGUCCUGAACUUUCCCAUUCUGUUAUUUAUCAGCUUAUAUGAGCGCAACUUGUUCAAGAUUGGCGAAUCAAACCGUGGCCUCAAGUCGAAUCAACUACUCAGGUGGCGCUUCACUGGCUUCAACCCGCAUGGAGACAUCGAAGCUGUCUUUGAAGCAGAUCCACCACCAGGUUACAUGGACGAGGCUGACGAGGUCCACCAGAGCUCAAAGCUCAAUGAUACAUGGUACCUGUGGCGCUCAACCAAUUGCAAGCCUCACAGCGCCGAGCUGCUCACUGCUUUGGGGGAAAGAAACCCAGCGCUAAGCCACACAUCCAUCCCGCACCAGCCACAUUCCUCCAAUCCCACCUCCAACUCAGUACCUGUACCUUUGGCCAUCUGUUUUCCACCAUCGUCAUCCAUAUCUCUCCGUCCAAACAUUCAGACUCGCGCCAUGGACUUGAGGAUCCUCCUAAGCCUGGCGUUCGCCGCCCUCAGCGCCGCCCAGCUGACAAUCACCGUCGGCCUGCCCGCCAAGCCGAACCCGUUCCUCCUCGGCCCCGGCACCCACGCCACGCUGUCCAGCCUGCACAAGCGCCUCGAGGCCCCUCUGACGACGGUCAACACCUUCAACUUCCACAACGUCACCGCCGACUCCUACCUGCUCGACGUGCACUGCGCCACCGAGGCCUUCCACCCGCUGCGGGUCGACGUCGGCGCGGACGGCGAGGUCAAGGCGUGGGAGACGUAUCGUGGCAACGAGUGGGCGAACAAGGGCGAGGAGGUGCAGGUCAAGAGCGAGGGCGCAUCGAGGGGCAUCAGCGUCAAGGGUGCGGGAUCCAAGAUCUUUUUCGUGGAGAGACCGGCGUUUUCCGUGUUCAGCAUCCUCAAGAACCCCAUGAUUCUCAUGGGUCUGGUCACGAUGGGUAUUGUCUUUGGCAUGCCAUACCUAAUGGACAACAUGGAUCCUGAGCUGCGUGCCGAGUUCGAAGAGCGACAAAAAGAGAACCCCAUGAACGCCAUCAUGGGCAACGCUCAAGCCGGUCAAAACCCACUUGGCAACUUCGACAUGGCCGCCUACCUAGCAGGCUCGGGCAAAAAGGAGGGUGUGAAGAGGUGA